AGCGCAUUAAAGCACUUCCGCUGUCUGUGUCCCACGCGAUUGUUGCAUCAGGCAGAUUUAGCACCCGCUCUGUGUUUUCGUCGACGAUUUAUAAAAUAACUACAAAUCUAAGCAAGGAUCUCCGAACGGCAUUGAUCGCCGACAUCUUUCAUCUGUUUAAGUUAUCGCAGUAAUAUCGCAUGUCCAAUAUACAGAACCUCCAGUCCUUCGAUCCCUUUGCUGAUGCAACUAAGGGUGACGACUUGCUCCCGGCUGGGACGGAGGAUAAAAUCCACAUAAGGAUUCAGCAACGGAACGGACGCAAAACACUGACCACAGUUCAAGGCAUCGCUGAUGAUUAUGAUAAAAAGAAGCUUGUAAAAGCCUUCAAGAAGAAAUUUGCCUGCAAUGGUACAGUGAUCGAGCACCCGGAGUAUGGAGAGGUGAUUCAGUUACAGGGUGACCAGAGGAAGAAUAUCUGUCAAUUUCUGAUGGAGAUCAACAUCGUAAAGGAGGAGCAGUUGAAGGUUCACGGGUUUUAAAAGGUUGGCCCCUCCAGGGCUUUCUAAAGGACUGCACCAGCAUGUAGCAAUCCUAGUAUAUUCAUGGCAGGGUUUUUGUGACCAUAUGCUAACAACACUGACAGCAGGGUAAAUCUGUUUGUUUUCAUGCUCGAAUCUUCAUAAUGACCUCAACCGGACCACUAAUUCCAGGCUGGUCCGAAUUAGAUACUGAAUCUUUGUUGCUGAUGCUUGUGAACGUUUUAUUAUAGAUGCACUCAAUUGCACAAUAUCUUUUUAUCAAGGACAAUAAA